AUGAUGAAGAGCUGCGUUAAUUUGCUGGGGCUAGUCUCCCCAAAGGAGCCCCCCUCGCCACCGCAAAGGGCCACUGCCGGAGCUUCCUUCUCACUGGAAAUAAGCUUACAAUUCGGAGAUAUUUCUCUGGGCUUACCAUUGAAUGAUGUCUCUGUGAGAAUAAUCCAUGCAGGUGGGCGAAUUGAGUUGUACCAAGAUGUGAUUCCUGCAUCCCAUGUGAUGGAGAAAUAUCCUGGCAUGUGCGUUGCACUUCCGGAAGUUUUCAGGAAGCCCCAUGAGUCCAUAUUGAGUCCGGAGGAAGAUUUAGUACCUGGCAGGAAGUAUUUCAUAAUUCCAUCCACCACUGCAAUCAAGCUGAUGCGCAAGUAUCAAGAGAAAAUGAAAGCGAAAGAAGCUGCUGCUGAGGAGACAAAGUUGGAUAUGAAAACCAAAGUCAAGCCAGGGGAAGAACCCAUUGAGGAACCCAUUUGCUCGGCGAAAGAUUUUUACACCUCAAAGGACAGGUGGUCAAGAUGCUCGACGAGAAAGAGGGGCAUAAAGAAGCAGCCUUUUGUACCCCCUAUCCCGAGGGCAAGAACUUUGCGUUCGAUGACAUGGGAGCCGAGCCUAUCCUCCGUACAAGAGCUCUCUCCAUGAUUCUCUAUCCUUUUCAGUGCUCCCGGGUUCCUUGGUUGUUGACCUUUACAUACUUCAAUCACAUGUGCUGUACUUCUCAGAGAUAUCAGAUAAGAGCAGUUUUUCUUUUAUCC